UAUAAAGGAUACUUUUCAUUUUUUUUUCUCCUACAAAUACGACCACAAACUCUUUCAAGGAAAUGGAACUGCGCGCCAAAAUACUUGUAGUCGGUGGCGGAGCUAUCGGUGGGCUGGUUGCCUGGCGCCUUAGCAUCAACCACAAUCUCUCAGUAUCGGUAGUCUGCCGGUCCAACUACGAUGCAAUUUCGCGGCACGGCUACCGCAUCUCUUCGGCGCUCUACGGCGAAGGCACGUACAUACCAGAGUCAGUGUUUGCCAGUGUUGAGCAGGCGCAGUCCGCAGGGCCCUAUGACUACGUGGUGGUGGCAUUGAAGGCGCUGCCGAACAUUUACGACUGCCCGUCGUUAAUCGCGCCGGUCAUCAGUGCCAACACAAUGAUAGUUCUGAUGCAAAACGGCAUUGGCAUUGAGGCAUCGUUUGCCGAGCGCUUCCCCGAGGCGCCGCUGGCCAGCACCGCGUGUUUUGUGUCGGUCAAGCAGACAUCCCCAGGCCAUCUGAAGCACGGCGCAUUUGCCAUGCUGGCGGCCGGCAUGCACGACGGAUUCCGGACGCGCCCGAAUAUCAGGAAGCUGCAGCAGCUGCUCAGGAUCCUGGAGCACAACCAGGUGAACUGCCUGUACGAGCACGAUGUCCAGCCGUACCGCUGGCAGAAGCACAUCCUUAAUGGCUCGACUAACCCGGUGUCGGUGGUCUGCGGCGGGUCGAGCUGCCAGGAGAUGGUCAGGAAUGACCAUUGCUGCAAGCUGCUGCAGGAGCUGAUGGCGGAGAUUUUUGUGCUCGGCAAAGCGGUCACGGGCAAGGCGUUCCCGGGCGUCGAUGGCAUCGUGGAUCCGCAGUCGGCGACAGACUACAUCAAGUCGAUUCCGGUGCCCGUCUACACGUCAAUGCUGGUCGACUCGCAGUGCAAGCGGCCCAUGGAGCUGGAGGUCAUCCUGAAGAAUCCGAUUUUGCUGGCCGAAAAGCACAACGUCGAUGUGCCAAAUAUGAAGGCCAUGUAUGCGCUGCUGUCGAUGAUUGAGGCCGGGUACUCGAAGUAA